AGUCAGUUUCAGUACACGAACACAAUAAGCUCUCACAACAAGCUCUCUCUUCAGGUGCCUCUAGAAGAAAUUUAGUGUCGACAAUGUCUCUCCUUCAAGAAUUCUCAGGCGUCAAAUGUUGCAACUGUGGCGGAGUGAAGCGGCCCUGGGACAUGUUCCUCCCCAUCACUCUCAGAGGAAGCUUCUUCCAAGACUCGUUCUUCUCCAACUUCCACCAGCACUUCCAUGCCACCGUCAGGGACAUACUGAACAGAUGGUGCGACUCUGACCUCAAGCUCACUGACCCCUGGGACGACGUCAGUGCCCGUCACACUGACAUCCUUGAUCGUUACCGCCAACUUCGCUCCCGCAACCUGAAGGAAGAAAAUCAAGCUGUUGCCGUCACGUCAGAUGACACCAGCCGAAAGGUGGUAAUGGACGUGCAUGACUUCAUGAGCGGAGACGUGAAGGUGAAGGUGGUAGGCGAAAAAGACCUCGUGGUGGAGGGGAGUGUGGAGAAGAAAGAGGGAGGAUCUUCAGUGUCCUCGCACUCCUUCAGACGCCGCUUCUCCCUGCCUCGUCUCACUGACUUGUCAGCCAUUGACUCUGUCAUGUCUUCAGAUGGUAUCCUCACCAUAACAACGCCUAAAAUUGAAAGCGAACCACAGCACAAGACCACCAUCAUCCCCAUCCAGAUGGAGGAAACUCAGAAUAAGAGUGUUAAUGAAGGAACUUCAUCUAAAUCUUACAAAUGUGAACAAUGUAGUCAAAAGCAGACUGUCAAUGGAAGCAAACAGAGAGUAAAUGUUCCCAUCAAGAACUACGAACCACCUUCGGAGGCCAACGAAUCACAGCCUAAACAGAGACAGAUCACUAAAGAAUCCACUCAGUCAUCGACUUCCUCCAGAAUGAUUCCCAUUGAAAUCGAGACAAACGAGGCAAAUAUUAAUGAAAGCAAAGAUACACUUGGCUUGAAUAAGGAGAAGCAGUCAGCAGCUUGCUUGGAUACGGAGAUGCAGUCAGUGGCUAACUUGAGUCAGGAGACGCAGUCAUCGGAAUCCCAACUGAAAGCUUCAGAGAAUGACAUGAAGUUCCACAUGGAUUCGUUCCCUGGACAUUUCCUUCCCAUCACAACACGAGGACUCUUCUUCAAUGACUCCUUCUUCCAAGACUCGUGGAAUGACUUCCAGAAGGCCGUGAGGGAGGUGUUGGCCAGGUGGGGAGAGCAGUCAUCGCUGGUCGACGACCUGACUAGUUACAGGAAUCUUCGAAGUCGCGAUCUUCGAGAAGAUACUCAGGCUGUCAUGUCCUCGGAGGAUGAACAUCAGCAUAAGUUUGUAAUUGAUGUCCAAGAUUUCAUGGACGGUGGACAGAUAAACGUGAAAGCUGUGAACGAUCGAGAACUGGUGGUUUCAGGCCACACUGACAAGAAUGAGGGCGGCUCGAAGUCCACCAAGCGGUUCCUUCGACGCUUCGUUGUUCCUGGAGACAUUCAGCUUGAUGCCGUUACUUCAGUCGUGUCUUCUGAUGGCGUGCUCACUAUUUCUGCUCCGAAGAAGCAAUCAACACUCCAGAUAGAGGAGGUCUUUUCGCCCUUAAGCAUCGAAGGAAGUGAGAAGCAGCUGACCAGCCCAGGCACAACCAAAGACAACUCUCAGUCUGAACUUCAGAAUGGCCAGGGAAGUCCUGUGGCCCCUCAGCCCAUGUCAUCGGGCGCCACGGCGUCUCCUGUCGGUCAACAAGCAUUCACAGAACAAACUCCUGAUUCUCGAAAUAAGGAAGACUCAUACCUACUUGUGACUGCAGUUCCCGCGAGAGUCGAAGAAGUGCCAGAUUCAGCAGAGACGCAACCUCCUUCUUCUUCCGCUCCCUUGAAAACCGCCGGCAAAGAGGGCGUCCCCAAAAGACCAACAUCCUUACCCUUGGGCACAAAGGGAAAGCAAGGCGAGGUCGACUAUAAAGCAGCACUCAAGCCGAGACCCAGCGGGGGAAAAUUCCCCAUCAAGAUCAGUGGGACGGUGAUCAACAGUAGCCUAGUGUAAGAGGAGUGAGCAUAUCGAAAGGAAAGGAAAACUCCUAAUGGAAUCGACGUUUCUUCGAGCAAGGCCUUGUGAAUGAAAAGGUUCUCCAUCACCGUUCAGGUUACUACUAAAAAAAAAACUUAUCAAUUUUCUGUUGUUCAAGCAGUGCAAGAUGAUAGAAAGUGAUGUUGAUGGUAAGAAUGAAAUCAAGUUCCCCGAUACAAAAAAUACGCAAAAGAAAACUUAAAAAGUUAACUCUUGCAUGCUGUAUGUAUUAUGAUUAUGUUGGAUGUCUCUUUGACUAAAACUCAAUUUAGGAUAUUAGCGAAUAGUUUGUUGAUCUAUAUUGUUACAAAUAUUUUUAUAGGCAUUUAUCUUUUAAAUAUAUAUUCCUUUUCGAU